CCGAUAUCUGAGGUCUUUGGAGCGGUGUGGACUGAGGACCAUCUUUUGCCCAAGAUCGUUGAUCAAUAUAAGCAAGUUCAGGGACAAGGAUAUAGCGGGCGACUGACUACCUUACAAGCAUUGCCUCGACUGACCUAUGUGAUGAGCUCAGAGCAAGUCGAGAAGCAUAUCAUACCGGUGUUGGUUGAGGCUACUAAGGAUCCAGUACCUAAUGUUAGGUUCGCGGCUUGCGAGUGUUUGAUAUGGAUGCUGGAAAAUCAUAAACUGGAGAACCCUAUGAUGGUUACACAAUCUUUGGAGCCUACUGUGAAGGACGUUUUGUUGAAAGAGCAGGAUGCUGAUGUGAAGUAUAUUGCCCAAAAGGCUCUAGAUGUCUGCAUAAAGGUGACGUAG